CUUGCCGCCAGGGCAUCCUCCCGCCGAAGCGCUGUCUGCAUCGCAGCAUCCGUCGCGUUACCAUGUCCUCGGCAACUCUGACCGGCGUCGCACUGUUGCAGAACGCGCGCAAAGCGGACUGCUCGAGCACGAUCGUAGACGCGCGCUUCCGCUUGGCGAGCAGUGCAACCUCGUCCAAUGGGAUGAGGGAGCUCGUAGCAGCGCUCUGCCUGACGCAUGCGGACGACAAGUCCCCUGAUCUGGAAGGGUUCUUCGUCGUGCGCGCAGAGGUCAGAACUGCUGACAUGACUGACCUGCCAUUCCCUCCCACGCCUGGUGCUAAUUAUCACUUAGUGGGCGAACUAAUGCAGGUCAUGCCAUUCCAGAGGGGUGGCUUCAUGACCCAGGACGACGCCAGACCACGUUUGUUCGCUACUGGAAGCCCUUCCAACAUCAAUCUGGACGAACUAUAUUUCUCUUUCGUACCCUCUCCUCAUGCUUCCUCCGCGUUACCCCUCGUUCAAGUCUUCACAACUGUUAGCAACCGCCAGCGACGGAGGGAUACUCUGCUUCCCCUGCUUAGAGACUCAUGCUACGUCGACGUCGAAGGCUUCAUCUCCAGCAUUCAAGAGGAUGAGAACUUCGGCAACCUCACUCGCCUCGACUUGGAGUUCGUACGUGCAACGAAAAGUUCGGCAGCUCCUGUGGUUGCUCUUCGCACGACACAAGCCAAUUGGUCCGCUUGCUACUCCGCACAAGCAGCCAGGAAGGGUGUUAUGUGCUGUGCUCCAUUGCGCCCGGCGCAACCUGUCGUGGCGGGCAGGAAGCGUAAGCUGGCUUCAGAUUAAACAUAUACUGCAUUUUGAUCCUCUCAUUGGGCCUCAUUCUUCCGCAUCUUGCUUCUUGGGACACUCUACGAAUACCCUGCGCCACCACAAUCCUAAUCCGACAAUCUUGUUUCUUGGGCCAUCGCAUGCAUUACCACAUACUGCCAACCUGUACAUCAUCGCUAUCACUAUCUCUUGACUAUGCGCUAUGCUUUCUGUCUGCAAUAUAUAUUGUGGUUCUAUUCGACCUUUCA